AUGCCUUUCCACCGCAUAUCCCGUCGCCGCGCACCGCCGCCCCCCUCCGAAUCCGAAGAGGACUCCCACGCCGACCAGGAAACCAUCUCGCAAGGCGACUCGGAUAACAUGUCCGCCGCACCUACACAACGCGACCCCACUACGCCUCUCGAGGACUCUGACGAGCCAGAAGAACUCGAAGAUGAGGAGGAGGAAGAGGAGGAGGAGGAAUAUGAUGGAGAUGUCCACUCGGCAACUUCCACAGAUGCCGCGGCGAAAGGUCUAGACUCGCUUGUGGGCCUCAAGGAAAUCGGCAACCUCGCCUCCUGGACCGUGUCCACCGCGAAGCCGGGCAACGGCGUAGAGCAGCUGCGUGACGAAGACACCACACUGUUCUGGCAGAGCGAUGGACCGCAACCACACCACAUCAACAUCCACUUCGCCAAGCGCGUCAAGGUGAAGCGCAUCAGGAUGUACCUCGACUUCGAGAACGAUGAGAGCUACACGCCAACGAAGAUGAGUGUACUCAGCGGAACGGGGUUUCAUGAUCUUAUUGAGGUUACGAAGCUAGAUUUGGAACGACCGACUGGGUGGAUUGAAGUGCGGCUGGAUGAUGUGCAUGAGGAUGGCGAGCUCAGGACUUUCUUGAUUCAAGUCGCCAUCCACGCGAAUCAUCAGAAUGGAAAGGAUACGCAUGUUAGGGGACUCCAGAUCUACGCUGCCGAAACCCCCGGAUCUGCGCCCGGCGAAAUCGAGUACACGAACAUCAGCAUGCUGCAGGAGCUCCAGCUCCGUUAG